UGCUGCUGCGACUCGAUCGUGCGCCCGCUGCGUCCCAGAGCCACCGCUCACCGCCACCAUGGAGCUGCGGCCGCAUCUCGGGGCCACCUGUUUGCUGGGCUUCAGUUUCCUGCUCCUCCUGACCCCUUCUGAUGGACACACUGCGCUUGGAAACGGCUUUGGAGAUCACAUUCAUUGGCGGACUCUUGAAGAUGGGAAGAGAGAAGCUGCUGCCAGUGGAUUGCCUCUGAUGGUGAUUAUUCAUAAAUCCUGGUGUGGAGCUUGCAAAGCUUUAAAGCCAAAAUUUGCAGAAUCUACUGAAAUUUCAGAGCUUUCCCAUAAUUUUGUUAUGGUAAAUCUUGAGGAUGAAGAAGAGCCCAAGGACGAAGAUUUCAGCCCUGAUGGAGGUUAUAUUCCACGAAUCCUUUUCCUGGAUCCCAGUGGCAAGGUGCGUCCUGAAAUCAUCAAUGCAAGUGGAAACCCCAGCUACAAGUAUUUCUAUAUCAGUGCUGAGCAAGUUGUUCAGGGGAUGAAGGAAGCUCAGGAAAGACUGACGGGCGAUGCCUUUAGAGAGAAACAUCUGGAAGAUGAGUUGUAAGGUGAACAAGUCACUUGAUUUGUUGGUUAAUGAUCUGGAAGGUGUGCAGCAGGGAAGGGCACGUUGAAGAAUCCCUGGAGAAGGGGCUCUCCCCGAGGAAGAGCGGCCCUCUGAGUGGCCUGCAGGAGUUUGCCUUCAGCAGAUGGAGGCAGAUUCCCUCACCUGCUCCCUCACCUAAUGUUUAAUUUUCUUGAAUAUAAAGAAAGACCCCCGUGUUUUUUGUUUGUUUCUUUUUUCUUUUUCACAUAAAAUGAGCCAUCUGGAGGUUUAUUCCUCACACUUGUCUUUCAAAUAAUUCACCUUUGUGGUGAAAGGAAACCAGUACUAUCUUUUCUACAACAUUUAAAAUGGUGGCAUAAAUAGCUUGAUUUUCACACCAGAAACUUUCUGUAAAUCAAUUCUCACCGUGCACCAAGGAGAUAUCUCCGACCUGUUUCUUCUCUCGGCCUGGGAAAUAAUUUUGGACUGACUGCCCAAUUCCUUGCCGCUUCCUCCAUUUCCUGCUUGAGUAUCCCGAAUAUUCCUAUGUGCAGGGACUGCUGUGUGCUUGGACUCGGCCCUCGCUGGGAGCACGCUUUCCCGUGACUGUUGGAGUCUCAAGCCUUCAAGCCCUAGGUGAAGCCUUUUUUGUCGAGUCAUCAAUUGUAUUUUUAUACUGGGGUUAACAGCGAAAAAAAUUGUAACUUUAAUAAAACUUUAAAAGUU